CAGUUUUGAACAGACUGAUGAGCCCACUGAUGACAAUGAGUCUUCAACGCAGAUGUCAGAUGAAUUCGGUUCAGGGUUGCCAGUUCAAUGUUUUAAUACAUGCAGUUAUUCUACUUACGUAAUUCUGUAUGCCAAAGAAAAAUUUUUUGCCAAGAUUUCCACCAACGCUUCUAUGGAUGUAGAAGAAUACAAUGAAACUGCAUAUGUCUUGAACACAUUUGGCAUCUCAGAUGAAGCUGUUGUCUUCCUCAAAGGCCCGCUGGUCACACAUCUCAUGCCCUCGUUCUACAUCUUCAUCAUCCUCAUUAGUUUGCCCAUGAACGCUUUGGCCCUGGUGGCGUUCACCUGUAGGAUCCGAGAGAAGAAACCAGCGGUGAUCUACAUGUCUCACCUGGCGUGUGUGGACCUGCUCUUCACCCUGCUGCUGCCUCUGAAGAUCCACUACCAGCUGAACUCUUCAGAUUGGGUGUUCGGUGAGGCUCUGUGUCGUGUGAUCAGUGCAGCUUACUACUGCUACAUGUACUGCUCCAUACUGCUGAUGAUGUGCAUGAGUGUGGACCGGCUGCUGGCCGUGGUGUUUCCCAUCGCCUCUCUGACCUGGAGGAGCACGAGGAAAGCCUCAUGUGUGUGUGUGCUGGUCUGGCUGCUGGCGCUCGCUGGUACUGUACCUCUUCUCUUAGUGAGACAAACACUCAACACUGAGAAUGUGGGCAUCACCUGCCACGAUGUGUUGUAUCACACACAGCUGUAUGUGUACCUGUUCUCCAUCCUCUCCUGCCUCUGUUUCUUCUUGCCGCUUGUCGUCACCAUAGUGAGUUACUCCACCAUCAUAUAUGUGCUCAGUGUAAAGUCUGAUCACUUCGCUACAUCACCCUCAUCUUCAGACAAGCGAAGGAAAGCUGUGAUUCUGACUAUUGCUGUGCUAAUUGUAUUUGUCAUGUGCUUUGCUCCAACCAAUGGCAUCCUGUUGUACCACUGUGUUCAUUUAGCGGCCGGAAAUCACAGCGGGGAGGAAAAUUCUUCAUACACUGCUUACCUGGUAGCUGUGUGUUUGGGGAGUUCAAGUGUUUUCGUGGACCCUCUGCUGUACUACUAUGGGUCAUCUCAGUGCAGGAAGCAGUUCUGGUCUGUAUUAAACUACAAAAAGACAAAAAGGGCAGUAAAGCUUCAAGACGUUUAGGCAAAACCUUAAGAG